UAGCUGAAUUCUUGGGAAAAUUCUAUUCUGGUUGACGAUUUAUUCGGCGUUGUUUACCUAGGUGCCAGCGAUUUUCUUGCGUUCUUCACAAUACUACAAUGUUUUCAAAGUUAACAUUUUAACUAGAGAGCAUGUGAUGUGUUUCAGAGACCUGGAGUAAUCCUUGUACUUAUGAAUAGUGCUGCAUGUGUCAAUUGGCCGAGUUUGUGGUUUUGGUGUUGAAACCUCUCGAAUUCAAUAUUUCACAAACAUGCUAGAAUCACAAGAAUUCGAAUUUCUAGGUUUUUGGGAACCUAUCCUGAAAACACAAACUGUUGAUCACUUUCACAGCUUGUGUUUUAUAAGGAGUUGUGGUUUUCUUGUCGAAAAAGUCCAAAAUCUGAAAGAUUCGUCCAAUUUGAAUUUAACCCAAAAUCACUGAACAAUUGCCAAACUUUGAAUAUUUUAGUGAACCAA